GAUGGCGUAGCGACAUUGCUAACCGAAUCCUGACGCUUAGCCCUCCCCUCAUUGUUUUACUGAAUAAGAGGAGGAUACAACACUACAUGUAAUAUUUGCUCACGGCAAACUGAAAGCGAAGAGCCCAGACUCUAUUUGAGCUGUUUUGUUGUUGAACGAGGCAUUAAAAGCGAGUAAUGUAGGACGGAUGGUGUAACGUAAAAGUACUAGCAGCCUGCUAGCGCUUCAUGUAUGUGUUUGUAUGUGUGUAUGUGUGUGUGAACCCGGGACGCGCAUAGGCUUUUUUUUUUACUCAAUAACACUCCACGAAAGAAAAGUGCGAGCAAAUUUGCUCGGCUAAGCAAAUAUCAGGAGUCGCUGGCUUGGAUUUUGGCUCGUUUUAUGAGCAAGAAGAGAAGAGAGGACCAGUAAACUUGACUCAGGAAUGACGGACAUCGCUGCAGUGUCGCCACAUUCAUAUAGGUCUGAUUGAGCGGAGCCGUGAGCUACUCAGUGCGUCGACGCUCGGACGGAAUGAUCCAGCAGGGUGACUAAGAGGAGGAAGAAGGGGGGAGAGGAUGGGUGUGAAUGCCUCCAGCUACCCUCACUCGUGCUCCCCUCGAUUUGGGGGUAACCCACAGACCCAGCAGACCUUCAUAGGCGCCUCCUAUGCACCACAGGGUUAUGGCGGCGAGUCCAAGCUCUACAGCCUAGAACAUGGCCCUGAAAAACCUCAGGACAAGAAGAAAAAGAGCUCGGGUUUGGCCACGCUCAAGAGGAGAUUCAUCAAGCGACGCAAAUCCAGUCGCUCUGCCGAUCAUGCGCGGCAGAUGCGCGAGCUCCUCUCGGGGUGGGACGUGCGCGACGUCAAUGCCCUGGUGGAGGAGUAUGAAGGCACGGCAGCACUCAAAGAGCUCAGUCUGCAGGCGGGCCUGGCCCGGCCCGAGGCUCGCACCCUGCAGCGUGAUUUAGCCACCCUUUAUCAGCACAAGUACUGCACUGAUGUGGACCUGAUCUUCCAGGAUUCCUGUUUCCCAGCACACCGUGCCGUUCUGGCUGCCCGCUGCCCAUUCUUCAAAACCCUGCUUUCGUCGUCGCCGGGUUAUGGAGCCGAGGUGUUGUUAGAUGUUGGGACGGCGGGCAUGGAUGCGCCCAUGUUCUCCUCGUUGCUGCAUUACCUCUAUACGGGUGAGCUGGGCUCGGAGGACGCAAGGUUGCAAAAUGUGGACGUACUGGUCCGAUUGAGCGAGGAGUUCGGUACACCCAACUCCUUAGAAGCCGACAUGCGAAACCUCUGUGAGCACAUGCCGUAUUUUGACUCACUGUUAAGUUUCUCCUCAGACUCUGAGCUGGUGGAGGCUUUCGGAGCAGGUGCACCUGCUCCUAGUGGCGUUGGAGGUGGAAACGCAGGGGUGAAUCACAGCUCGCCUGAUGAGGAGCUAAGAGCCCACAAGGCCGUGCUCUCGGCGCGCUCGCCCUUCUUCCGCAACCUGCUGCAACGACGCAUCCGCUCGGGUGAGGAGAUCACCGAGCGAACUCUGCAAACCCCUACCCGUAUUAUCCUCGACGAAUCCAUCAUUCCCAAGAAAUACGCCCGUGUGGUCUUGCACUGCAUGUACACCGAUGCGGUGGACCUUUCGCUGGUGCUGCGCGGAAGCCCUUCCGAAGGCAGUCUGGGUGAAGUUCAGGCGCUGGUGGCUGGGAGAGGAUGCAUGAGUCGGGCCGAAGAGGCCAUGGAGCUCUACCACAUCGCCCUCUUUUUGGAGUUCAGCAUGCUGGCGCAGGGCUGUGAAGACAUCGUGGCCGACAGCAUCUCGCUGGACUCCGUGGUGGCAAUCCUGAAGUGGAGCUCGCAGCCCUACGGCUCCAAAUGGGUUCAUCGGCAGGCCAUGCACUUCCUGUGCGAGGAGUUCACCCAGGUCAUGACCUCCGAUGUCCUCUAUGAGCUUAGCAAGGAGCACCUGCUGGCGGCCAUUCAGUCUGAUUACCUGCAGGCCAGUGAACAGGACAUCCUCAAGUAUGUUGUAAAGUGGGGCGAACACCAGCUCAUCAAGAGGAUGGCCGACAGAGAGCCUAACCUGUUAAGUGGUACUGCACAUAGUGUGAAUAAACGUGGCGUGAAAAGAAGGGAUCUGGACCUGGAAGAGCUUAAAGAGAUUCUCUCUCCACUGCUGCCUUUCGUCAGAACUGAGCACAUAUUACCAACCAACAGCGAGGUCCUCUCUGACACUAUGAAGAGGGGUCUGAUCAGCACCCCUCCCUCUGACAUGCUGCCCACAGCGGAGGGAGGCAAAGCCAACGCCUGGCUCCGGCAGAAGAGUGCUGGCAUUUAUGUCCGCCCACGCUUAUUCUCUCCUUAUGUGGAGGAGGCCAAGGCGGUUUUGGAGGAGAUGAUGGUUGAGCAGACCGACCUGGUCAGGCUGCGCAUGGUUCGUAUGUCCAACGUACCCGACACACUCUACAUGGUAAACAAUGCCGUCCCCCAGUGUUGUCACAUGAUCAACCACCAGCAAAUGGCUGGCAGCCAGACUGCUCCACCGUCUGUGGUUGCUAAUGAGAUACCAGUGCCCAGGUUGGCAGUAGUGAAGGAAAUGAUCCGUAGGCUGCAGGAGCUGCGUCAUACGGACCAGGUGCAGCGAGCGUAUGCUCUGAACUGCGGUGAGGGCGCCACAGUCAGCUACGAGCUGCAGAUCCGUGUGCUCCGAGAGUUUGGCCUACCUGAUGGGGCUGCAGAACUCCUACAGAAUCCGCACAAAUUCUUUCCCGAGGAGCGCUUUGGAGACGAGAGUCCCGUCCUGGCCUUGCGCCAGUCAGGUCGCUGCCGGGUCAACAGUACACCAGCUGUGGAGAGCAUGUUCACUGACCUGGAGGCUCUGGUGGGCUUCCACCCCCCUCUGCCCCCUCCUCCUCCACCCUAUCAUCCCCCGACCACCCCGGGCCAUAGCCAGCAGCAGUAUAAAACGGGCUGGAGACCUCGAGUCCCCACGCAACCUCCCUCCAGAUCUUUCUCCUACCCCUGCAAUCAUGCACUCCUUCAUAGGCAGCCGUCUUCCAAGAUGAGCAGCCCAGUCUACCCACCAGGAGCCAAGCCUUUGCCUCCGGACUGCACUAAUGCACAGGGGGGGAGGAAUCUUCAUCCUGAUAAGCAAAUGAACAUGGAGCCUGUUAUCAACGAGUUCAUGCCGGACAUCGCCAUGGGUGUUUCGGCAAUGAGCCUGAAGGAGCGGCGCCUGCCAGAGGUCUCCAUGGAGGUGGAGAGUCACGAAGCCCACCCUCACCAUUCAACAGCUCCUCCAAUGUCCCACAGCUACUCCAGUCGACACCCGCAUUCCUCCCGCAAGAGGCACGCUGCCGAACCCAAGCCCGAAGGCCCGCAACCUGACUUCCCAGAUCUCUACGAGUUCCCAGGCCGCCACGUGCCUCCCUACAGCGGACCGGACCUGUACAUCCACGGCCGUCAGGCAGGUGGUGGUGCACCACCUCCGUCCUACUCCGAGGCUUCAGAAUCCCUCCGCCUGGAUGUGCUGGAACAGCCUCCGCAGAGACUAGACUUGGCAAUCGUCUCGCAAGGGGGCGUUGCACAAGGGGUGCAAAGGUCGUGGCCCAUAAACGAGACGGACCUCACCUGUGGGCUUGGGCCCUCCACAGAACAGUAUGAGGAAUGGCCUACGGGCCGUCGACCUGCUCCAGAAGGAAUGGGGCUCGGCUUAGGGGCGAACGUUGGGUCUGGGGACGAGGGAGGCUUGGGCGCCCGAGACCGCAGGUCGCCCAGCAAACCCGAAUACCCCUACAGGAAGUCUGCUCUCUGACCCCUGAUUUAAAAAAGAGACUGAGGACUGGUUUAAAUGCUAAAUGUAAGCUAACAGGUGAGGCACCAGCAGUCCUGCACUUUGUGUUCUUUUGAGGGCCGACAGUAUCUUGAAGUGUUGAACGCCCAUAAGCUGCGCGAGUGGCUGCUUUUUUGAAGGGUAAAGGGAGAUGAUGUGUAUACUGCGCUGGAUAGGUUUUAAACCCAGUAGGGAGUGAGGAGAGCUUGGUUUGGUUGUGUGCACCCGGAAAAGAGAUCAAAAAUGCUAAAUAUUUUAAUCCGAGGCAUCCAAGGACUUCAUUAAACGGCCCUGGAAGUUUCAUUGUUCUGUGUAUCCGAAUAUAUACUUUCAUUUCCCUGAACAGACUAUGAUGAGUGGAGAAAUAUACAUUCAUCUAGAUGCACAGAUUUUGUUCCUUAGGAGUAAAUUGAAAAAAUAUGAAGGCAAUAAGUUGCAAACUCAUUACUUUGUCUAGUCCUUGACAAACAGCUCCGUCUUCUUUUGAGGGCAGAGUGGCAGUAAUAGCUCGUGUAAUCUGCCGCAUUCGCCGGCUUUUACAUUAGCCUGUGCAAUUUAAGAGCCGAGAUGGAACAUAAAAGGGAAAACAAAUGAAAUCCCCUGUCUCCUAUGAGGCAACUUAUCAGGCAUAACAAUGGCACAGAUGCACCAUUAAAUGUGAAUGGGGCUUUGUUUUAGCGUGUUUCACAACUCAGAUCUGCAGAUUCAUUCCAAAGUAUUUAACUUUAACUUUAAAAACUAUCUGUACGCUCAAACAAAAUUUUGGCAUCCUCUUUCACGUUUAGUUUUCUCAUUCCAAGGCUGCAGUUGGUGGCAUUCCUGAGAGACUACGAAUAUGGGUUGAUCAUUAUCAGCCUCAUUCUCCACAAUUGUGCAGGACGCUCAACCAAACCAAACUCACGCCACAUCCUCAGUCCUCGGGUUCAGCGGGACGACAGCAGUCCAUGGGCGGGAGUUCAUUAGCUUUUCUGCGCUAGUUCUGUCAGCAGAUGACCAACAAUUAUGAUGUCAUGAACAGGCUUUGCAAAAAAAGAGAAUUCUCGGAAGUGUCAUGGAUUUAGACACAAGUAUUUACUUUUGAUUUGUUACACAACACUUUAGGAAACAAUAUCAUACACACUGCUGCACACCCUACCUAUAGAUGAAGUGACUUAUUUUAAGCUUUUUUAGCAUCCGAAAUACCUGUAUUCUUAAAUAACUGUGCAAUAGUGCAGCUUUUUCAUUUUAAAUAUUCGUUUAGCUUUCUUCUCCUUACAAUAAGAAUUUCUCAGAUUAUACUGACACAGCAAAUAUGCAGGCUAGUUUACCUAAAAUGCUAAUUCUGUCCUCGUUUACUCGUCUUCAUGUAAAAGAUAUUUUGAAAAACUGUUUUUGUCCUUACAGUCAAAGUCAAUGGGGUCCAAAAACGUCAGCAUUGGACCCCAUUGACUUUCACUGUUCGGACUAAAAGGUAUGCUUUAGGUAUGCUUUUAACUGUCUUUUGUGUUCUGCAGAAAGAAAAUAUGUCAUAUAGAUUUGAAAGAGCAUCAGGGUUAGUGAAUGAUAAAAGAAUUUGCAUUUUGGGUGAACUAUCCCUUUAAGAUAAUCAACAAUAGCCUUUCCCCACAAGUGAUGAUGGUACUGUAUUCUCACACGCUCUUAAAUAUUAUAUAACAAUCUCUUGUUGUAUUAGACUGGAUGGGAGUUCUGUUGAACAUCCAAAUGAUCCUCAGCUGCAUCCAUCCCACAUUCUUCACUUCGAGUGCUUCUUUCUUUGGAGCACAAGAAGCGCUUUAUUGGUUGAAAGCACAACGUACUAAGAAUGAGAAAUACCAAGAAUGUCAUUUUAUUUCUUGUCAGAUAGUGCUCAGACAAUUCAUACGCUGGUAAAAGGCUUGAGUUUCAGUUGGAUGGUCAAUCACAUUUUUUUUUCGACUGUUACGAACACACAGUUAGACCAAAGAUGAGUUUGGGAGGAUGUUUGUGUUGCUUGGUGAAUCUCGGAAGCAUUUGAUCUACCAGGUUUCUUUGCCUCCUAGCAAGUUGAACUGAAACCAUUGGGUUGAGAUUCAUGUUUGUUACACAGACUCUUUGGUGACUGUGUCCAUAGAAGGAACAUUUAUCAUCGAUUGAUUUUUAUCGAUCUCUCCCCAGGCACUUUGACUUACAGGGAUGGCCUUAAGAGUUGAUGUAGGGUUAUCUGUAUCUGUAGUUACGGCCUUAAGACCUAACCUUGGGUGACGCGGUUCUUCAUCAUCUUCAUCUUGCAAAAAGGUCUUCUGUGCCAGAGACUCUCUACCUCUGACCAGCUUCUCUCAACAUAUUUCAAUCAUUUCGAUUUUCCUCUUUAUAUUCUUUUCAACUUAUUCAGACCUCGUGAGCCUCACCUUGAACAUUUGUCAUUGAGAGACCAGAAGCAAGGUUCCUCUGUCUUUUCUUAACACUUACUGUUUUAUUAGAACUUGACAGCACAAUUAAAGGGAUAGUUCGCCCAAAAAUGAAAAUUCUGUCAUUAAUUACUCACCCUCAUGUCGUUCCAAACCCGUAAGACCUGCGUUCAUCUUCAGAACUCAUGAACAAAUUAAGAUAUUUUUGAUGAAAUCCAAGAGCUUUCUGACACUCCAUAGACAGCAAGGGUCCUAUCAUGGUCAGGGCACACGAAACGUAGUGGCUCAAUCGUAAUUUUACGAAGCUACAAUAAUACUUUUUUGUGCUUAAAAAAAAAAAAAACAC